UCCGACGCGGCCGUAACCUAGGGCAACAGUCCGGAUCUUGAGGGCCGCCGCUAGCGGCUCCGGACCUUCCUUGCCUCCCGGCCCCGUAGGAGCGUCUGAGUGGCUGUGGCCACUUCCUCACCCCGGGGAACACUCCCUAGACACUUCACAGGCGGCAGAGCCGCGGAAGGAAGCAACCUUCAGGGAAGAACAUGUUAAAAACCAUAAGCGAUCACCCUAGUAAUGGAUCUCUGUGAGGAAAGCGAGACUUUUGUAGAAAAUACAGAAAAUCAGAAAAUUGAAGAUACAGAAGAGACGGCGCCGACUUUACAUUGUCCCGACGAGAGAAGUGAAAGGAGUCAUGUCUGCUGCCUUCUUGGUGUCAGCGACCUCACACUGGAAGAGGAUGGGAGGGCCAGGGAGUUUGUCAUCAGCACCGGGUGGGAGGAAGCCGUCCAUGGCUGGGGAAGGACCUCACCAACUGCCUGCAUCUGGUCAAAGAAGAAAGUGAAAAGGGGGAGGCUCAGAGAAAGCACCAAUGGUGGCAACGACUGCUUGUUCUGUAUGAGUCUUUCCCAAGGGAGUCUGGAGCCCCGGUCCCUCUUGGAGGUUGGGAAACUGGAGGCAGGUGCUGAGGCAGAGGGGAGCGCCCAGAAGAGCUGGAGUGGCCCCGUCCAGGGUCCCGGCACUGCUUCCAGAGAGCAGCCUAACAAACUCUGCUUUCCCACCUACGUGCAUGGAGAAAAAAAAAGCCUGCAACUCAAGGAGUUUAUCUGGUGCAUGGAAGAGUGGCCUAUGCCCGAGACAGUUAGCAGCAAGGCCUGCAGGAACCCCAGUGGAAGCACUGAGCAAGGGCUCUCCAUCCCUGACUCCGUGGCAUCCGCAUCCAAGGCUCUUGUGGUUCUUCCCCCUCUGAAAAGCUCUCCCCACAGCUUGGACGUCCUGAGUAAGAAAAGCAGGAAUAAUUUCUGGCAGCCAGAAGAGAAGGUGCUGAGGGUGGAAAAAGAUGAAUGUGUGGCUUGUGCAGACGGACUGAAAGUGGUAGAUGGGAAAGGUGAAAAGAGACACUUUGAGCUGGCCAGCCACCUGAAGGUCACCAACGUACUGCCUUUCCCACCCACUGUGGCCCGGACCCACCUGCUGUCAGCCGAGUCCCAAAGGUGCUGCCUGCACUGGUCCCUCCUGCCCCAGAAAAGCUCUGUGUUCCCACCUAACCCCACCGACAUCCACUAUCUUGCCACCCUGCAGGUUUUGGGGCAACAGGGAGGGCAAAGCUGCAGAACUAGGCUCAAAGCCAAGGACACAAAACCUCCCAGGGCCACUCCCAAGCAUAUUAUCACCGAGGCCAAGCAGGAAAACAGGCCCCAUGUCCUCGAGAGCAGAGUCUUCCCCAAACCUCUCUUGCCGUCCCUCACAGUGAGCAGAGUUGUCAUCCCCGUCUCCACUCACAGAGUCCUCUGAUUUGCCACAAUAUAAUUCCCUGGGACUGA